AUGACGGCCACGAGAAUCCCAAUUGAUGGACUAUGGCGUUGUCUUUGUCCUUCGAUCAAUACCUUCAUUUUUGCGCGUCCUGUUACUUUUAAUCAACUCCCUCGAAAAGUCUUAAAUCGUCCUCUGGUUAAAAAUAAGAAGCUCCCAACAUGCUUGAAAAGACCUUUCCACACCACCACCGCACAUUCGCUGCCAGUGCUAAAUGGACAAUAUGUACCGAGAUCGCGGCAUCAUAAACCAAAAAUACAUGGACCAAAACCCAUUAAUUUGGGGAAAUUGAACAACGAAGAGAUUCACGAUCGAUUAAGACAAUUAAAGACGGAAGAGGGGGCCUAUAGCCAAGUUGCAGAGGUAGUGGAAUACUUGGUAAAGGUUCGGCAGGAAAAGCCUGCAUUGAUUCAUUACGAUGCUUUGAUUGCAGCCAAUGCGGAUGCUGAACAUGGCAGCGCAGAAGUUGUUAGGACUUUGUUGGAAGAGAUGAAAGGGUUGCGCAUUGGUGGUGAUUCGGGGCUCUAUCAUACAGUUUUACAAGUACUCGCGAUUCAUCCAGAUUACCUUUUACGCACUCAAAUAUUGGAAGAAAUGAAGGAACGUUGGUAUGGUCUCUCUCCAACCGGGUGGCAUAAUUUGGUCAUUGGUCUACUUCGCGAUCGUCAAUAUGAGAUGGUUAUGGAUAAGUUUGAACAAAUGCAAGCAUCUCAAAUCGAGAUCCAGCCAUGGCUUUAUGAUAUUUUGUUCUUUCGGUUAUGUGAAUUAGAUGAGCUGGAUGAAACUCUCAGAUUAUUGCAGACUCGAUACCAGACACCACCACUGACGAUGCAUAUGUAUUAUCACAUGCUGGAUUCAUUUGCCAGUGCAUUUCAUUACGAAGGUACCAGUUACAUCUGGAGACUAUUUGUCGAAACAUCGGAAAUCAAUCCUGCAGAUGGAACUUGUACAGCUGUAUUAAACUGUGCUGCUCGUCAUGCAGACCCCAAUUUAGCCACAUCCGCGAUUGGAAUCCUCUCCAAACGUAGCACCGUCCUCGGUGUGCAUCAUUAUGAAGCUCUUCUCGACGCAUAUGUCGGAGCUCAAGAUAUAAAAACAUCUUUCCGAAUCCUAAAUAUCAUGACCAAAGCGGGUCUGACACCAGACGCAAACUCCACACGAUCAAUAUACCUCUUCUUGACGAGCUCAUCAUUCCAAGCCCUUGCCGGAUGGGACAUUCUGAAAUCAUUGAAGAAGGAUGGAUACACGAUUCCAAUCGCUGCUGUGAAUGUUGUACUAGAAGCCGUCAUUGUCACCAACAAUAUAAGUCACAAUACAGACCACGCGAUGAAUAUUUACAAAGAACUCCACACCAUCUGUGACGUAGGUCCUAACAUCGAAACCUUCAACACCAUCCUCCGAGGCCUGGGUCACUACAGCACAGGCAGUAAACCCAAAGCCAUGUUCCUGGCCUCCGAAAUCCAAGCCCUCAAUCUCAAACCUGACGAACUCACAUACGAUCGUCUCAUUCUCAUCUGUCUGCAACCGGAAAACGCGGAUUUUGACGAUUGUUUUCGAUAUUUGGAAGAAAUGAUGUUGGUAGGAAAAGACAAGGUGGAUUCGGGAGGAAGGAGAGGCUGGUGGAUGAGACCUGGUACGGUCGUUGCUUUGGUCAAGAGAUGUGUGGAGAAUGGGGAUGAGAGGUGUUGGCAGUUGAUGGAGGAUAUGAAGGAGAGGGGUAUGGCGAAUGAGUAUACGAGGUUGCAGGUUUGGACGGAUAUUCAUUGGCCGCAGAAGGGGGGCAGGGCUUCUUUUAAGAAGGGGGGUGCUGAUGGGGAUGGGGCAGUGGAUGGGAGGAAGGAUGGGGGGAAGGAUGGGAGAAAGGAUUUGUUGAUUAGAGAGGGAGAGGGAGAAGGCAUUCCUCAUAUUCCUGCGUUGGAAGAAAGUAAAGCUUCUUCGUUCUGA